AUGGUUGAACUUGAUGUAAUUUCCCAUCAACUUAUGAUUAUAGUUGGUAUAAUAAUGUAUAUCCUUGGAUUUUUUGGUAAUAUAUUAAAUAUAUGUGUAUUUACCAAAUGGUCAUUUACACGGAAAACUCCAAAUGAAAAUAACGCAAAUAAUCGAACCGGUAAUAGUUCUUUAUAUUUACUUGCAACCUCCAUUGCAAAUUUUAUUUUAAUACUUUAUCCACUUUUCGUUCGUAUUUACGUCGACGGUUAUCAAAAUUUAGUAACACCAACUAGUGCUGUAUUACUUUGUAAAUUCCGAUAUUAUGUUUUACAAACAUCUCUUGUUAUCUCAUUAGCAUGUAUAUGUUUGGCAACAUUUGAUCGAUAUUUAAUAACAGCAAGAUCAGUUCGUUUACGACAAUUAAGUACAACAAGACGAUCAACCCAGAUAAUUAUUUUAAGUAUUACUAUUUUCUCUGCUUUACAUAGUAUACCAAUGGCUCUUUACUAUGAUAAAUCGAGUACUGGUGAUUGUUCAAUUGUUUCGUUAACCUAUUCGAAUUAUUAUUUAUAUUUUGUUAUUGUUUGUCUAUAUGGAAUAUUUCCCGUAUGUUUUUUAAGUAUAUUUGGUACAUUAACAUAUCGACAAUUAAAAAUGUUAAAACAUACAAAUCAAAAUGGAAGUUUAAAUAUCGAUAAACAAUUAUCACGAAUGCUUUUAUUUCAAUGUAUUGCACUUGUAUUUUCUUAUAUCCCAUAUUGUGCUCAAAAUAUUUAUUUUUCAAAAUUUGUUGACAAAAAAGUUGCUCCAACAGGAUUUAAUCUUUUAUUUCGUAUAUUAACAAUUAUUUUAUUUUAUGUUAAUCCAGUUAUGAGUUUUUAUAUUUAUUAUAUUUCGACACCAAAUUUUCGUCGUCAAGUUAAAAAGAUUAUUUUAUAUCUAUGUCAUAAUCGACAAACAAUACAUAAUCGAGUACAUGAUUUAACUACAACAAUUGGUGUACACUAA